UAAAAGGCGGCUCUUCAGAUUAGAGCAGUCAGCAGACGCCUCUUCACUCUCAGAGCAGACGACAGUAAGCAUCUUUCAGGAUCCGCUCACCAGGUGUGGACCUUUGCUCUUAAGGAUGAAGAAGAAGUUGAUCCUUGACGUGGACACAGGGGUGGAUGAUGCUCAGGCCAUCAUGGUGGCCCUCGCGGCCCCCAACGUGGAGGUCCUGGGGAUCACCUGUUGCCACGGCAACACACCCCUGGAGAACGUCCUCAAGAACACACUGCGUGUGCUGAAAGUCUGCAACAGGCUGGAUAUCCCGGUGUACCGCGGCUGUGCAGAGCCAAUGCUGGCUCGAAAACGCCACGCCGGGGAUUACCACGGGAAGGACGGGCUGGGCGACGUCCCGGAUCCAGACGCUCCAGGCCUGGAGCUGCUGCAGCAGAAGAAAGCUGUGCAGGCCAUGAUCCAGAUUGUGAAAGAGAACCCUGGAGAGGUGACUCUGGUUGCCACGGCGCCCCUCACUAACCUGGCCGUCGCAGCACAACUGGACCCUUCCUUCCCUAAGAAGCUGAAGGCGCUCUACAUCAUGGGAGGAAACACUGAAUCCAGGGGUAACACCACAGUGUGUGGAGAGUUUAACUUUGUGGCUGACCCUGAGGCUGCCUACGUUGUGUUGGACCGCUACACCUGCCCCACCUACAUCGCCACCUGGGAGUUCACCUGCAGGAACAGCCUGCCAUGGUCUUUCUGUGAACAGUGGCUGGCCCAAAAGACUGAGAAGGCUGCCUUCAUGAAAAAGAUAUCGUACCUCUCGAUGACGAAAGCUCAGUCAGCAGAAUAUCAAAAGGAGAUCAUAGCAGGAAAAGGGUUCAAUUCCUGUGACACCUAUGCCUUGGCUGCCGCCAUUGACGAUAAAUUCAUAACAGAAAGUGAGGAGGUUGCAGUGACAGUGGAGUUGGAGGGGACCUACACCCGAGGCAUGAUGGCGCUGGACUACAUGGAGCUGCUGAAGAAGAAGCACAAGGCCGUCAUCAUGAAGAAAGUUGACUUGGAGAAGUUCAAGCAAAUGUUCAUGAAUUCACUGAAGUAGCAUGAGACUGUAACAAACUGAAUGUAUGCAUUUGGUUCACCAAAAUAAAUAAUAAGGUCUUUUGUUAUGAACAUA